CUAAACCUAACUGCUUUUUAAUCAAUUGUAAUCAAAACACACACUUUUUACGUUAAGAUUUAAACAUGUCGUACCCAAUUAAAUAUUUGUCACUACAAAAAGCUGAGCUUGAAUAUGAGGUGAUCCUUAGAGGUGGUUCAACUGGUUCGGUGCAGGACCUCCGAAGCCAGAUAGUAAAAUUGGCCAUACCUCCUGAGGACAUUUUGGAAUCACAUUUAGAGCCUGCGGUUGACCUUGAUGCUGUUAAAGACAGUCUAACAAAAUCCCAAACGAUGCUAGCAUCCCUCAAAUCUAAAUUUGAUAAGACCCUGUUCUUGCGUACCGAAAAUCUACUACACCACAUAUAUCACAGAUUAAGGCGUAUCUCCAACGUUAGUGCCACGUUAGUUGACCAGCACAAAAAUUAUUGCACUACCUUUAACAACCAAUACAAAGAAAUUACGACGUUGAGGCCGGCAUCAACCUCAAAUGCAAAUGCAGUCUCAGUUUUGGAACCUGAAGCUACGGCGGUACUCCACUGUGAUCGUAACCUGACUUCUGACUUGGCAAAACUAAAGUACUCUGGAAAAGCCUGCGUUUUUUCUUUCAUUCAAAGAGUUGAAGAAUUCGUAGAGGUUAGGAAUAUAUCAAAGGAUCGUGUAUUGAAGUUUGCCUACGAGAUUUUCACUGAUGACGCAUUACAUUGGUUCCGUUGCAAUAAAGAAAGUUUUCAAAGCUGGGACGAUGUCGUCGUCCUAUUAAAAAAAGACUUUAGUCCAAAGAAUUACGACUAUCGCCUGACUAAUGAAAUAAAAUAUCGUACGCAAGGGGAACAAGAAAACAUUUCUAUUUACUUGUCUAUUAUGCAUGGCAUGUUUUCGCGAUUGGUUAAACCGUUGUCUGAGGAAGAAAAACUCGAAAUUAUCUUACAUAACAUCCGGCCAUGUUAUGCCAGCACCCUAGCCGCUUCACCUGAGAUCAAGGACCUAAAGACAUUAAAAACCCUUUGCACAAACUAUGAGGACAUUCAGUCACGCUUAUCCUUGUUUCAUGAACCGCCUAGGGUGACUUCUGAGACUCUAGCCCCAGAAUUUGCCUACACUAAAUAUCAUAAAAAUAAUAUCUACUACACAAAUAAAAACUACCAAAAUACAAAUUCAAAUGAAAAACAGAAAAACUACUAUAAUCAAAACAAAUAUCCUAACUACUCGAGCUCUUACAACUACAACAAAUCUAAAACUACAGAGGAAAAGCCUACUACUACUAAUGCUGUACAAGCGACAGCAAACAGUACAAAAAAUGUCAACACUGCUAGUAACUCGCGUAAGUACUGUCCUAGGUGUCGCACUGAUACACACUCUUUGAAAGAAUGCAAACAGCCACACUUCCCUAUCUGUUUUAAAUGUGGUAAUAAAGGUGUACGCUAUCCUGAUUGUAAAUCCUGUAAUCCUAAAGAUGCAAAAAACUAAAUUCAGUGGAUUGUAGUGUACAUAAUCUUUCUAAAAAAUCUAGUGAAAACUUUAGUGAUUCAGAGUGGAAAUCUUGGCUCAACUUCAUAUCUAAAUUUUUCACUUGCUAUUCAGUCACUGCAAUCCACGAUUCAGAUAAUAUACAUAACAGACCGUAUGUCUCAGUUCAGAUUAAUGGUAAAACUAUCCAUGGUUUGUUAGAUACGGGUAGUGGUUAUACAAUUCUAGGUAAUAACUAUCAUAAAGUUUUCUUGGAUGCGGGUUUCAAGCUCAACAGUACGGAUACGAUAAAUUUAUUCGCAGCUGGCAGGCAUAGACUAAACAAUAUUGGUAUGAUCAAUCUGCCUGUCUCGUUCUUAGAUCAAACCCACAUCUUGAAGGCCUACGUCGUACCAGAAGUCGAAAACUCCUUGAUAUUAGGCAUGGACUUCUGGAGAAUUUUCGAAUUGUUUCCUAAAAAACUAGAUUCCGUAAUUUUACCUAGGGAUGUUGAUAAAUUAGCCUCUCUAUCACUAGACCCUCAACCUACACACUUAUGUGACUAUGAUCAUCUUUCGCCUGAGCAAAAAGUUACGGCUGAUCAUAUCACUGCGCAGUUUCGUA